AUGGUGAACUUUUUAUCGAUCAUUUUUGUGUUUUGUUACCUUUGUUUUGCAAAAGCAAAUUCAUCUUUGAAAUUUGGGUUUUACAAUAAAAGUUGUCCAUACGCCGAGGCUAUUGUCAAAGAUGUCGUGAAUCAAGCUUAUGCUCAAGAUUCAGGCAUUGCUCCUGCCCUCAUCCGACUACAUUUUCAUGAUUGUUUUGUUCGGGGCUGCGAUGGUUCGAUACUCUUGGACUCGACGGCGGCCGGAAAAGCCGAAAAGGACAGUCCGAUGAACAAAGGCGUACAAGGUUUCGAAAUAAUCGACAAAGCCAAAACCCUAAUCGAAUCCAAAUGUCCGGCGACAGUUUCCUGCGCUGACAUCGUCGCCUUCGCCGCCAGAGACAGUGUCUUCUUCUCCGGCGGCCUUCACUACUCCGUCCACGGCGGCCGCCGCGACGGCCGAAUUUCCCGGAUCGGCGACCCCGCCGCCGGCAAUCUGCCGAGCGAAUCCUUCCAUCUCCGGCAACUGAAGCUCAAUUUCGCAAAAAAGGGGCUUUCGACGGCUGAGAUGGUGGCGCUCUCCGGCGCCCAUUCCAUCGGCGAUUCUCACUGCUCUUCCUUCAACAAACGUCUCUAUUCGUUCAACAAGACGUACGGUCAGGAUCCGACGAUGGAUGCAGAUUACGCGGAGUAUCUGAAGCGGCGGUGUCCGGCGGCUGGCGGCGGCGGCGAUCCGGUGGUGGCGAUGGAUCCGACGACGCCGGCGAGGCUGGACGAGAAUUAUUACAAGAAUUUGAUGAAGAAGAAAGGGCUUUUGGAAUCGGAUCAGACUUUGUGGGACAGUGGUGAAACGAAGGAGAUGGUGAAGAGGAAUGGCGAUUAUCCAGAGAUUUGGGCUGAGAAAUUUGCGAGGGCUAUGAUGAAGAUGGGAUCGAUUCAGAUUCUGAGUGGAAAGAGGGGAGAAAUUAGGAAGAACUGUAGGGUUGUGAAUUAUUGAUGAAGAAGAAGAACAAAUUUGGUAAUUUAAUUAUUUUGUUCAAGAUUUGGACUUUUGAUUUUGGUUUCAUUUGGGUGUUUAAACUUUGAGUGUGAUUGUUUGAUACUUUUUUUUUUUUUUUUUUUAGUUUGAGUUAAUUUUUAUGUAAAAUAUAUGUGAAAGUGUGACUGUAAUAUAAAUAAAGAAUGAAGUAUAUAUAUGUGUUAUUAGGGUUUAUAAUUAUAUGG